UUGCCCCUCGCUGUCGGUGGGAGCAGAAGCGGCUGCUGGUGAGCAGUGGGGCGAAUGUAAGCGUCGAGUGCGCAGUGGACGCUCACCCGCCCCCUACGCGCUUCUCCUGGAGCCUCAACACAAGUCAGGGCGUGACGCUCCUCAAGCCUGACGCCGCGUGUUGCCAUACAUCAGUGUCGCCACAAAUCAGUGUUGCCAUAUUGUCGCCAGGCGAGCCGGCGAGCGUGGAGCGCUGCAGUGUGCACAACCGCACGCCGUCGAGCCUCCACGUGACCUGCCGGCCCGCCACCUCCAGCGCCGGCAGAUACUACAUGGCAGUGGUGGAAGAACCAGUUUCCGGACGAGUGGUAGCGAACAUCUCAUCCGAGAGUCCGGAUUUCAUCAUCCGGCCUCUGGACCCGGACCCUGACUACGCCGUGCGCGUGUUCUCCGUGAACGUCAGGGGCAGGUCGCUGCCGUACCUCCUCGAGAGCUUCUCGCUCAAAGUCGCCGAAAAUCGGAUGGAUGCUGACACAGCGCCUCCAGGAACAGCAUCGCCUCUGCUGGCAGGGAUCAUCGGGAGUGUCGUCGUACUGCUGGCACUGCUGACCACUUCACUGCUGGCAGCUACACUGAGACGGUACAGAGCUCGCAGGCUGACAGCAGGGCGCGCUGUCAGUCUACCGUCUGACUGUGCAGAUAAGGAGACAGCUGACGGUAUCUCUGUCAACGGCGAUACCACCCCGGGCGAGUAUGCAUCCGGUUCGCUGGCGGGUGGAAGUCGUCUCGACCUGCCGGUGCAGGGCAAAGGCGGCCGGAGAAGGUUGAGUUCUGGAGGCCUACAAGAUUUUUGUCAGGAGUUUGCCCUCUUAGAGUCCAGCGCUGCAGUGACUCCUACACCUGCUGUCGUCCAGCCUGAACGCGAUAUCGAAUUUGGCCGCAAUGCGACACUCAGUCCUGAGAUUCAAGAUUCAGCCGCGACCAACUCUGCCGAGUACUCUUGCGGGUACCGGUACAUCAGAAGAGGCAGCGACUUCACUUGCGAUGAUAUCUUAAACAGAAACGAAAUACCUCCAGGCAUUGAGCAACGCCAUGUUGGCAUUCGGGUUGAUGAAUCCUUACAUAAAAUCCGCUCACGUUCCCCUCUCCCGGUAAGAACGCGGAGCGAUCGCAGUCUUCCACUGUGGCAAUAUCGCUAAGCAGCGAUAAAUAAGACAG